GCGCGGCUUGUGCCAGGACAGAGGAAGGCGGCUGCUUUCUGCCUUCGCGCCCGCCCGCCUGCCUGUUUCGCCCGGGGGUCGACGCGGAACUAGAGCCGCGAGCCGGAGCGCAGCCUUCGAGAGGGCAUGGACGUGAUGCUCCUGGUCCAGGGCGCUUGUUGCUCCAACCAGUGGCUGGCCGCGGUGCUGCUCAGCCUCUGCUGCUUGUUGCCCUCCUGUCUCCCCGCCGGCCAAAGUGUAGACUUCCCCGGGACGGCUGUGGAGAACCUGGUGGUCCGGAAAGGGGACACGGCGGUGCUGAGAUGUUACUUGGAAGAUGGAGCUUCAAAAGGUGCCUGGCUGAAUCGAUCAAGUAUUAUUUUUGCAGGAGGAGACAAGUGGUCAGUAGAUCCUCGAGUUUCAAUUGCAACAGCAAAUAAAAGGGAAUACAGUCUCCAGAUACAGAAUGUGGAUGUGUCAGAUGAUGGUCUAUAUACUUGUUCAGUGCAGACCCAGCACACGCCCAGAACCAUGCAGGUGUACUUAACUGUAAAAGUUUCUCCAAAGAUAAGUCAUAUUUCAAAUGAUAUUGUGGCGAAUGAAGGAAGCAACAUCACACUGGCUUGUUUAGCUACAGGGAAGCCGGAUCCUUCCAUCUCUUGGAGACAUAUUUCUCCAUCAGCCAAACCCUUUGAAAAUGGACAAUACUUGGACAUCUAUGGAAUUACAAGAGACCAAGCUGGGGAGUAUGAAUGUAGUGCUGAAAACGAUGUCUCAGUUCCAGAUGUGAAAAAAGUAAAAGUCACAGUAAACUUUGCCCCAACAAUUCAGGAAAUAAAAUCUAGUGGAGUGACUCUUGGAGGCACUGGAUUCAUAAGAUGUGAAAGUGCAGGCGUUCCUUCCCCGGCUUUUGAAUGGUACAAAGGAGAAAGAAAAUUGAUCAAUGGGCAACAAGGAAUUACUAUAAACAGCUAUAGUUCAAGAUCAUUUUUAAAUUUCAACAAUGUGACAGAAGAGCAUUUUGGCAACUAUACAUGUGUCGCUGCCAACAAAUUAGGCACAACCAAUGCCAGCCUGCUUCUUAACCCUCCAAGUACAACGCAGCUUGGGAUCACUGGGGGCACAGAAGUUCUCUUGUCCUGCUGGUACCUUGUCUUGACACUGUCCUCUUACACCAGCAUAAUGUACCUGAAGAACAUCGUUCUACAAUAA